AUGCACGUAAAGCUAAUCUGCGUGUUCAGGCAUCUCACGGAGGUUGAAGCAGAGCUCGCUCGGGCAAAGGCCUUGCUUCAACAAAUUCGUCCUCAAGCAAGAGCCAGACAGCUUCUCUCUCCAACGUCUUGUCAAGUUUCUAUUCCGGAAGCUUCAAGUCGGGAUUCUCGGAACUUAUAUGGAAGCGAGAAUCCGGUCGCUCUCACGCCUCAUGACGAAAGCUCAUCGAUAGCCGGCCAGCUUCAAUCCUUCGCCACCACAGAAACUACUAAUGAUACAAUACGACAAGACUUUGAAUCGGAUACACAGCCUGUGUCUAGUUCCAAUGGGCUGAGUUCCUCGUGGCCGUCAUCUGCAGUGCGGAGUCAAGAAGUUCGGCCAAACAUGACGAAGCGUGCCGUUGUAUCUCUCGAGUCAACUACACCACAUGGAUUGUUUGAGUGGGAUGAGCGAAUUGGUGCCCCCGGCGAAGAGAGUUCCCCGGAUGGAAUGGCUAGUCUCACCAGCGGUAAUGAUGAGGGUGGUUAUCUUGGAGUUGCUUCUGGGGCAGCACUUUUGCGACUAACAGAUACCGGACCAUUGAGCUCAUCUUUGCAAAAGAACUUUCGAUUUUCUGGCUAUAAUACAUCUGUUUUGCAUUCGGAGCCUGCUCCGAGCCGGUUAGAAAGUUUUGUUGAUGCCUAUUUUCAGACAUAUCACGUAUCUUAUCCAAUAAUUCAUGAGCCGACCUUUCGAGCAGAGUUUAUGGAAGUCAUCCAACGACCCCCACACAAUGCUUGGCACGUGCUACUUUAUGUGAUUGCAGCACUCGGUGCAUUCUGUGGAGCAGUGGAAUCAACGGAAGUAGAUCUCGCGUUAUUCGAGGAAGCAAAGAAGAGGUUUUCGGUUGAUAUGCUUGAAACUGGAAGCAUUAUCCUCGUCCAGGCAAUGGCCCUGAUGGCAAAUUAUCUUCAAAAGCGUAACAAGCCGAAUUCGGGAUAUAAUUAUUUAGGGUUGGCGAGACGUAUGGCAAUGGGUAUUGGAUUGCAUAAAGAGUUCAAUAAUUUGGAAACUAGCUUGUUGAAACUAGAACAGAAAAGGCGGACGUGGUGGUGUCUAUUCGUGUUCGAUGCUGGGGCUACGAUCACCUUUUCCAGACCUUUGGAUACUCCAACUGGUGGCAUCGAGGUCGCCCUACCACUGAACGUUCAUGAUUUUGAUCUUACUGCUUCCACAAGCCACAUUCCCAAUGAAACGGAGCAAACAACCACAUAUACCCACCUCCGCCUACAGUCAACCUUCCACCUUGCAACUUCUCGCAUUUACUCAUGUAUAAUAUCUACACCACUCCCUUCAGCAAGUGAGCUCCUUGAUCUCGACGAUACCUGUAUCGGCGAAUGGAUCACAUCCGUCCCAGUCUUCUUUUCCGAGAGCGUGCUCCAACUACCCAAAUUCGCACUUUGUCAUGCCGCUCUCCAUUGGCGAUACCGCAACUUCCGUAUCCUAAUGUAUCGACACUUUGUCAUCCAGCGCGUUAUCCUUAAACCGAAGACCCAGUCAUCCACAGCUCUUCCAGUACAAGGGAAUUAUGAGCUUCCCGUUGCCGACGUUGCGAUACAACGCUGUACUGCAGCAGCAGCAGAAAGCAUCGAUCUUAUCACGGCCUUCUGGAACCGCCCGGACCAUAGAACUAUGAUGGCUUGUUGGUACGCACUAUACUUCUUGUUUCAAGCUGCUAUGAUUCCGGUGAUAUGUCUCCGCAACGAUCCACAGGCCGAGGCGGCGCUUCGAUGGCGGGAUCAGAUUCGCAAGAGCACCUUGACGUUAAAGAACAUGACGGAUCUAAAUCCCGCUGCGGGGAAAUGCUUAGAGGUUAUUGAUGUUAUUUGCGGGGCAUUCUUGGACCAGAAUGAUGAAGUUCAUUUGCAAGAGCCGACGAAGGAAAGUCCACAGACUCAGCUAAAUAGUCUGUAUCCGUGGCUCUGGACGCCGAUUCGUUCUGGACAGUUUGAUGUUGAAGAUGCUGCUAUGCAAGAUUCGUCGAUUAUGGACUUUUUCGAUCAGCUUCAGGCACUAGAAUAA